UUCGUGGCUCCAAGUGCGUGCAAAUUAUCGGCAGCGAUCUGUGAUACACGUUUCUCGUUUUCUUUUUUUUUUUUUUUUCAAUUUUUACGACGAAACACUUUAUCGGGGGUGUGAAGAAGUUUUUUCUCCUCGUUCGUGCCCGUUCCUGUUACAUUUCACGACACUGGCUGCUACUGCUACUGUUGUUGUUGUUGUCGUCGCUGCUGCUUGCUGUCACAAGCGAUAUUCGUAGAAAAAGCGGAAAGAAAAGAAACGAAAAAGAGAGGGAUAAAAAGCACCGCGUCAGCUACGAUUUUCUUCUGUCUCAUCGUUUGAUCCGCGAAAAAAAAAUAAACAAAAGCACGGCAGGACACGGAACACGCACUUUGCAUCCACGACCAGAUCAUUGGAUUUGCCAUGAGAACGUCUCUGUCGUAGGAACAGCGCGCCCGAGACACGUGAAAUCCCACGGUUGACAGUUAUCGUGGCGCGUACAUCAGUGUAUCGUGAAUCGUUUCUUGCAACGUAUAACAACCACAUUCGACGUUGAUCGACCUUGUGCUGUUUAACUUUUGGCAAUCAUUUUUUAAGAAUUCGUACGCGAACGGUGUCUUAUGAUUCGACAAGUUUUUCACUUCUUUCGAUACGAGCGUUCUUUGUCUGUGUCAUCAAAGUGUUUAUGAUGUACAUGGUCGCGAUUAAAUCGUCCGUACUAAUUAACACGCGUGAAUCAUUUUAAACGCUCUGAAAACCGAUUCGAAACGUUUUUGGCACGAGCGAUAGGCUGGGCAGGGAAAAUUCGUUACGCCGCGCAUCGGUACAUGAAGACACGUGACAAGUGAAAAGUGAAUAACGUAACCGAUCGCUUCGACAGUGUGCGAUACUAUCGAUAUUUCAUCGUCGAUUAUUCGUCGAUUGGUAAAAAGUAUACAUAUUCCGGUCGUAUAUAGCGUGACGCGAAUCAAUCGAAAAAGUAUAUCGGGGCAGAAUGGCGUGUUCGAAUGGAGAAAAGUAAACAAAAGUUAAACGCACUCGUGAAAGCAACGUCGGUCGAUCGUGUCACUGAUUAAAACCAGCAUUGACGUAAAGGAAGAUUCCCGUGGAAUUUCGUGACCGGGACGCGAUUCGAGCAAAGUGUCGAAGAUCGGAGAGUGAAAGAUCGAAAAGUGCGUCGGCAAUAUGCAUUGUGAGACAGCGUAAACACCUCGUCAACGCAACAACGAUGUAUUUUGCACCGACAGCCAGAGAAAUAUCAGCGGUGACAGCUUCCGAAAUGUUGGCAGUAUGUUAUAAGCUUUCUAACCUACCGAGCUACCUAACCUAUACUUGGCAGCGCAAUCAAGCACGCGACAAGUGAGUUUACUAUUGUUCGUUGCAAAACAAGAUGUUAUGUAUAAAAAAAUGAAUCACGAACAACAUGCUGGAUCGAACGAGGAAAAGAACGCGAGGCGGCCGUGAUUUGUCCGAAACGAGUCUCGAUUGGUGUUGAAGCGAAACGUGAGGCAAAGAGUGCGUGUUCCGUGAGCCGCCAACGGCGGGACGAAAAUAUCACACGUGCGUCGGAAGAGUAAGCCGAGAUUUUUGGAGGACGAUGCCAGUCAAGUGGGCGAUUGGUGAGCAUUGCUUUUUGGCAGGGUUGCGGGGUGCAGUUCAGACAUGGGAAGUGAGCAUUACUGCCUGAGGUGGAACAAUCAUCAGAGCAACUUGCUGGGUGUGUUCAGUCAACUGCUGGAGUCGGAGUCGCUGGUGGACGUGACACUGGCGUGCACGGAGGGACCUUCGAUACGUGCCCACAAGGUAGUCCUCUCCGCGUGCUCCAGCUACUUCCAGGCCCUAUUCCUCGACCACCCGAACCGCCACCCCAUAGUCAUCCUAAAGGACGUACGUUUCGCCGAGCUACGUACCCUCGUCGACUUCAUGUACAAGGGCGAGGUAAACGUCGAGUACUGCCAGCUAUCGGCCCUCCUAAAGACAGCGGAGAGCCUCAAGGUGAAGGGUCUAGCGGAUAUGACGAACAUCAACGCGGCGGUAGCGUCGAGGGACGACCAGCAACAGCAGCAACCGCAGCAGCAGCAACAACAACAGCAGCAGCAGCAACAACAGCAGCAACAACAACAACAGCACACGAGCACAUCCGAGGGUAUACAGCGCGAGACAUCGCGAGAACAUCACCGUGAACGCGAGAGUAUAAAGGAGGCGAGCAAUAAAGAGAGAGACAGGGAAGGAAACACGUCGUCGUCCGGUGGGUUGCCAUCGGGUGGUGGGGUGAAAGAAUGCGAGCAAACUCAACAGAACGUGGCCCAAUUGCCCAGCAGCGAGUCGACAGAGGCGGUAGACAUGACGGAUUGCCCGCCAUCGCCCACGGGACCCGGUAGCCCUUGCCCAGGGCCGUUGGCCCUCGAUCGGCCCAGGAGGGACUCCGAGGAUGCCGCCAGCCUCGAGGAAACGAGGGGUUCCCUUAGCCCGAUCUCGGUCCACAGUGGACCCUCGGAUAUGAGUCUGAGUAAUAAUACCGGAAGCACGCCUGGUGUGCUACCGUUGAACUUACCGCAGAGCCGGCUUCCGUCCCCGCACAGUACAGAGCCUCUCGCGGGCCCGUCGGGGUUACCCCCAGUCCAGCAAGUUCCACUUUCGUUAAAAAAAGAGAUGGACUGGGAAAGGUCGACCGAAGAGCGCAGUGCGAGCAGCGAAAUAUCCACGGAUUACAGACUCCCGCCAGAUCCGGUGUCGCUGGCCCUCGGUUUGGAGGCGGGCGGUUGGGGCGCCCUGGUGGAACGCAGCACGGGCGGAGGCGGCGGAAGCGGUUCCCUGCUGGGCCACGGCGGUUUCGCUAGCCUGGCGGGGUUGGCGCGUCGGUGCGGCGUCUGUCUGGCCACGUUUCCUUCCGCCUGGCUGCUGGAACGGCACGCGUUGCUCCAACACGCCGGCCAGGCGAGCGACGACAAGCCGUUCACCUGCGAGCAAUGCGGCCAACGCUACCGCUACCGUUCCGCCUACGUGAAGCAUCGGGAGCAGAAUCACCGCGCCCGCCUCCCCGCCGACAAGCUGUUCACCUGCGACGUGUGCGGGAUGCAGUUCAGGUAUCUCAAGUCGUUCAAGAAGCACAGGCUGAACCACGCGCUGGAACGGUUGCAACGGGCGCCCGAGCCGCAGAGCGGCGCGAUGUCCGCGGUGUCCGCCGCGGCCGAGAGGAGCGACCAGGUGUCGAGCACCGGGGAGCCGUCCCAGGUGGAGACGGGCAGCGACACGACCACGAAUCCCGGCGAGGAGGAGACGACGAGGGGGGCGUUCAACGAGAACGCGCGGGAGGAGAGCGUGUCCGAGACGGCGAGCGUGCACGGGGAGAAUCCGGGGGAGGCGGUGGAGGUGCAGAUGCCGGGGGAGGCAGUUGGAGGGAUGGGGGGAUCGGCGGGCGCGAGCGAGGUCGGGGAGGCGGACGACAACGCCGUGGACGACGACCGGUCGGAGGUGGUGACAGGCGCCGACCGGGUGAUCGGCUUGGCGAGGGGAAGCCACGAGGUGGACAGGCGCGAGCGCCGCUUCGCCUGCCCUUUCUGCGGUAAGUGCGUCCGCUCGAAGGAGAAUCUGAAGCUGCACGUGCGCAAGCACACGGGCGAGCGCCCGUUCGUCUGCCUGUUCUGCGGCCGGGCGUUCGGCGGGAAGAGCGACCUGACCAGGCAUCUCCGUAUACACACCGGGGAGAGGCCUUACCACUGCGAGAUGUGCGGCAAAUGCUUCGCAAGGGCGGACUACCUGUCCAAGCAUCUCACCACCCAUAUACAUCAGCGUUAACCGCGUUGCGCGUACGGCGAUCGCGCGUUCUUCGCGUUUCCCGGUCCGCGCCUUUCGAUGCGAACGGGGUUGUUCCAGAUCGUCGAAGAUCGAUCUUUAUAUCGCGACGAUAUAUGCGAGAAUUUU